GCAUAUUGUGAAGACGCAUAUCGCGUAUUCGCAAUAUGGCUUCGUGCAAUGCCUCUGUUCUAUCAAGUGUCCCGGGUACUUCAUUCAUUCACCCCUAUUUUACCUCUUCUCUUGCAGAGACGUGAAAAUCACUUUGAUGUCGUCGCCAGGAUACACAGCGAAAACCUGCUCUAUUUUGAGCCAAUAAACAGUGAUCUUGGAAGCUUUGAGUUCACAGUGGCCUACAGGGACUGCAAGAAGUGCAAAGUAUUCAGGCACAACUACAUUAACAAUGGAACAGGGUGCAGCUUUUGGCUAACCGACGAGGCGCUCAAUGGCAACGACACGUGCUGCGAAUUUGUGUACGCGCUCCUCGGCGGCCCUGACAAGUACAUGAUUUAUGACGACAGCUGCAAAUGAGCUUGUUGCCUAGGGCUCAGCGUGAAGAUUGUCUUCCUCUGUCAAAGAGAAAUGCGCAAUUUUUAUUGCACGUACUUAUAAUUAAAACG